AUGGAUUUUCGUCCUGGCCGUGGGAUUUAUGACUUGCAAAUAAAAAACACCUCAUACAAUCGCGAUAAUGGCCGUUUCGAGUGUCGGAUCAAGGCCAAAGGCACAGGUGCCGAUGUACAUCAGGAAUUUUACAAUUUGACAGUUUUGACACCACCACAUCCGCCCAUGAUAACACCCGGUAAUAUUGCCAUUGCCACUGAGGAUAAGCCAUUGGAGUUGACUUGCAGUAGUGUGGGUGGCUCACCGGAUCCGAUGAUAACCUGGUAUCGCGAGGGCAGCACCGUGCCAUUACAAUCAUACAUUCUGAAAGGCGGCUCGAAGAAUCAUUACACCAAUGCCACAUUGCAAAUAUUGCCAAGACGCGCUGACGAUGGCGCGAAAUAUAAAUGUGUCGUUUGGAAUCGUGCCAUGACCGAGGGUCAUACGCUGGAGACAACUGUCACGCUGAAUGUGAACUUUUAUCCACGCGUCGAAGUUGGACCGCAAAACCCGCUCCGUGUCGAACGAGAUCACAUUGCCAAGUUGGAGUGUAAUGUCGACGCAAAACCAAAAGUCUCGAAUGUGCGUUGGUCUCGCAACGGGCAAUAUGUCAGCGCUACGCCUACCCACACCAUCUUUCGCGUGGGGCGACAUCAUGCGGGCAAAUAUACCUGCACAGCUGACAAUGGAUUGGGCAAAUCUGGUGAAAAGGACAUAGUACUAGACGUGCUCUUCCCACCCAUGGUCGUCAUCGAAUCAAAGACACAUGAAGCCGAAGAAGGUGAAACGGUAUUAGUACGCUGUAAUGUUACCUCCAAUCCACCGCCCAUCACAAUUGAAUGGUUGAAAGAAGGUGCGCCAGACUUUCGUUUUACUGGCGAGCUACUCACCUUGGUAUCUGUGCGCGCCGAACAUGCCGGCAACUAUAUUUGUCGCGCCGUGAAUCUCAUGAAUCCCUUCAAUUCCAAGCGUAUAGAAGGUGUUGGCAAUUCCACAGUAGCGCUGCUGGUGCGACACCGUCCCGGACAGGCCUACAUAACGCCAAAUAAGCCGAUCGUGCAUGUGGGCAAUGGCGUGACCCUUAGCUGCUCAGCCAACCCGCCAGGCUGGCCAGUGCCGCAGUAUCGCUGGUUUCGCGACGUGGAUGGCGAGUUUAGUAACACGCAAAAGAUAUUGGCACAAGGUCCGCAGUACUCCAUACCAAAGGCGCAUCUCGGUAGUGAGGGCAAAUACCACUGUCAUGCCGUGAAUGAGUUGGGAAUCGGUAAGAUGGCUACCAUUAUACUAGAAGUACAUCAGCCACCGCAGUUCUUGGCCAAGCUGCAGCAGCACAUGACGCGGCGCGUAGGCGAUGUAGACUAUGCAGUCACUUGUAGUGCGAAGGGUAAGCCAACGCCCAUUAUACGCUGGAUUAAAGAUGGCACCGAAGUGCUGCCGGGUCGAAAAUUGUAUGACAUACGCACAACGCCGUCGCAGGGGCAGGGUGGUGUGGUAACAGUGCAGAGCAUAUUGAAAUUUCGUGGUAAAGCACGACCGAAUGGCAAUCAAUUGGUGCCUGCUGAUCGUGGGCUCUACACUUGCCUCUAUGAGAAUGAAGUGAACUCGGCCAACUCUAGCAUGCAUUUGCGCAUUGAGCACGAACCGAUCGUGCUGCAUCAGUACAACAAAGUGGCUUAUGAUGUGCACGAAUCAGCGGAGGUAAUCUGCAAAGUGCAGGCCUAUCCAAAGCCAGAGUUCCAAUGGCAGUUCGGCAAUAAUCCCUCGCCUUUGACUAUGUCCUCAGAUGGUCAUUAUGAGAUUGCAACACGCACGGACAACAACGAUGUCUACACCUCGAUACUACGCAUAAAUCACAUCUUACACUCGGACUAUGGCGACUACACUUGCCGCGCAGUCAAUCCACUUGAUACGAUACGCACGCAGAUUAGAUUGCAACCGAAGGGUGCACCCGAAAAACCAACCGCUUUGAAGGCAAUGGAAAUAUCACACAAUUAUGCCAUACUCAGCUGGAUACCGGGCUUCAAUGGUGGCAUGCUUAGCACAAAAUUCCUUGUCACUUAUCGGCGUGUGGCAACACCACGCGAACAAACGCUUUCCGACUGCGCCACGCACACCUACACUUCAGCGCUAGUGAGCAGCCUUAGCAGCGCUGGCAGCAGCGGUGGUGGCAUCAGUUCAGCCGAUUGGCUGGAGUUCGACUGUUAUCGCGAAAAUCCUUGCAAAGUGAUGCCCCUGGAUCAAUAUCAAAGUUAUAUGUUCAAAGUGUAUGCGCUCAAUUCGAAAGGAAGUUCGGGCUACUCAAACGAAGCGCUGGCCACCACAAAAGUGAGUAAAAUCCCGCCACCACUUCAUGUCACCUACGAUCCCAGCUCACAUGUUUUGGGUAUCAAUGUGGCGGCGACAUGUCUGUCAUUAAUUGCUAUUGUCGAAUCGUUGGUGAAUCGCGAAACGCCAUUGGCCACUUGGGAGAUUGUGGAUACGGUGACAUUGCUGCCGUCCGGCACAGAGGCCACAUUCAAAGAAGCCGUAAUUAAUCACAUUCCACAAACGACACACUACAGCGCGUCUGGCCGUACUUUGGGCCAUGCAGAGGACAUAACAUUGGCGCUGGCAGAGACGGCGCAAGGGCCGACGGUGCGUGUGAAAUUGUGUUUGCGUACGAAUCACGACCAUUGCGGACAAUAUGCGAAUGCGGAGAUUGGCAAAUCAUACAUGCCCGAGACGUCAACGCUAACGACAUCCGCCGUAAUAGCCAUAAUCGUCUCAUCCAUCGCAUUCCUAGGGCUCGUCGCUUUCCUAUUGCUCUUUUGCCACUGUCGACGCGUCGCGUCCAAUAAGAAGAGCACCACCUCACCCGCCAAAGAAUACGACCUCGACUCGGGUCGUCCAUCCAUUGUCGCGCAAACAAAUCAAGCGCCACCACCCUAUUAUCCCACCGGUAGUCUGGAUAGCAAAUCAUUGGACUCGCAUGCGAUGGAGCUAACACUCACCGCUGUGCAGGAUACCGAGGAGCAGCUGCAUCAACAGCAACAGCAAAAAUCUGCGGCCGCCGUCUAUGGCUCACAGAAUGGUUAUGGUUAUCAUGUCACAUCAGCUCUUGGAGGUGUUGGCAGCGUUAGCGGCGUGGGCAAUGAUGAGGAUAGCUAUCAAGUGACGCCAUUAGCGCACUCGGCCAUCGCGAGCCGCAGCGAGUGUAAGUACCAUAGUAUAAGCUUUUCCAAGUGUAAUCCACUAACCGUGUCCACCCUCACCGACCACCCCAAAUUCACUCAUUUGGCUCCCAGCAGUAGUGGCAUCAACAAUAUUUACACUAGCAACAGCAACAACAACAACAAUAGCGUCACUAAUAGCGUCAUUGGCAGCAGUGGCGACCACAUCGCAAAACGCGCUGCUGCUACAAAAUUAGCUACAACAGCGAACGCAGGUGAAAAAGCAAAACCAGCAACAAAAAUGCAAACAAGACGUACCGCUGGCCCGUCAAGCAUGUCAACAACGCUCAUGUCACUGACAGCUGCGACGAAUGUUCGCGAAACCACAAAACCGCCAACAGUUUCAGGGUCUUCUGGCCUGCACUACCCAUCGACCGAGAAUAAUUACGCCACCAAAUCGAACAGCAUCUGCAGCAGUCUAGCCAGUGCACAGGAUACGUUGUGGCGUGUGAAAAUGGCUGCCGCACAACAACACUCCUCGGUAGCGGCAGCUGCAGCGGCGGCGGCGGCAGCCGCUCAAAUCUACAUCGAACAACCGACCGGUUCGGUGACGUAUGGCACUUGUCUAGAUCCGCUGACGCAAUGCGUCGUUGACUAUGUCGGAUAUCCGGUGCCACCGCCACCGCACAUAACGCAAAUAUCCGCCUCGGCGUCAACGAUGGCAACUUCUACGGCUGGCAAUUGUGGCAGUCCACAUGAUUUUUCAAACACCAGCCAAGGAUCUUGUGCGCCAGCCAACAGCGGUUUGAGCGUUGUCAGCCAAGCCGCCAUUGGAGAAAGUAGUCAGCGGCAAGAGUACGCGGAUGAGCUGCAACAGUUGCAAGAGCAACAUCAGCAUCAGCAGCAGCAACAACAACAACAGCAACAACAGCUGCAAUCACCGCCACAGCCGCCACAACGUUUUGGCACACUGAAAAAAUCGCGACAGCAACAGCAACGAAUGGAGCAGCAGCUAGCGGACAUCAUACAGGAUUUAGCUAAUUAAUUAAAUCAAACAAGAAGGGAAAAAAUGCAAAAACAAAAACAACAACAAAGCAACUGAUAUUAAAUUUUUUAUAUAUGUGGUAAGUUUAGGAAUAGACGUAGAAGUGGAAAAAAUAGCAAAAAAAUAAGAUUGCACAAUUUUGUAAAUACACACUUAUACAUAUACAUAUUUGUGAACGCACACACACUUUUAAACUUCAGCACUGUUUUAUUUACACAUUUACGUACGUCCUUAUACGGAUACUUGUAGCGAAAGUAAGUGGAGUUAGGCGCAAAAUCACAUACACGUACACACACACAACCAUGCCUGUAUUAAAGUGAAAUCAGCGCUGAUUAGCUGACUCAAAAUGCGACACAAUGGAAUUUGAUUGACUGUUUGAAAAUGCGAAAUUCCUAAAAAUGCACUAGAACAACAAUAAAAAC